AUGGAAGGGAAAGCUCAAGUAUUAGAAACCCCUGACUACCAAAAAACAAUUGAAGAAAUAAAUGAAGAAAUAGAGCCAAAAGUCUUCUCACAAAGUUUAGGAAUUGAAUCAAAAACUCGAGAUAAGUCUUUGACAGAAAUUUUCGAUUAUUUUAAUUCCUUAUUCCCCUCCUCGGAGAUAUAACAAAAAAAUUUUAUUUGCUCACGGAGGGGGGUUUAUUUUUAAAAAAAUUUAAUUUGUUAAAAUUGAGAAGCAAAAAUUAAUUUAAUUUGCGAAAUUUAUAUUUUAAAAUGCAAGCUGUUUAAAAUUAAUCAGAAUUAGCUAGAGAUUUCCUUAUAAUAAUUAUCACUUAUAUAUCAAUUUUUUUUCAUAAAACAUUUUUGUUCGCUAACGGAGGGUGGGCUUUAGAGCAAAAAAUAGGGCUUUCUAAUUGUUUUUUUCGCUCACGGAGCGGGGGAGUUAGUGAGAAAACAAACUAAAUAUAAUUAUGUUAAAGAACAAAAAGAAAUAGUUGAUAGAUCCGACAAAGUAGUCAUGCUAGAGCAAGAAUUAGAAUCAAUAAAAGAAGAACUUGGAAGACAAGGAACAGAUUUAAAUGAGAACUCUGAACUUUAUAGCGAGAUAUCAGAGCUAGGACUUUUACUAGAAGAAGUCAAAGGAAAAAUAGAAAUAGCCUCACACAUUCAAAUUAAAAAUUCUAAAAUCAAUUUUAAUUCUGCAAGAGAACAAUUGGAAGCAACUGGAAAUGAAAAUUUAUCAGGAGGAUUUUCAUUUGAAAUCCAAUUAAAUGACUCUGAAGAAAAAAGCCGAAUUGCAAGACUUGAUAAUAAAGUGAGAGAGCUCGAAUUUAUAAUCGGAAACUGGAAACAAUCUAAGCCAGCUAAUGAAAGUCUAGCUGAUUUUAUAGCAAAAACUAGAUUUAUAAACUCCGAUUUACUAGAAAAACUCACAGAUCAAGCUAGGCAUUUAGGAACUGACCUUGAUAUUAUGCUUUCAGGACGAACCUCAAUUCAAGCAUCUCCAGACUCAGUCGAAGCCAUCAAAAAUUUGCAUCGAGACACUUUUUCCCAUUUAACCGAAAUUUACAAUCUCCCUCAGCUGAUUGAUAAAAUAAAAUAUUCAGCACCUAUUUACGCAACACAUUUAGAGUUAGAUUCACAGCUGCUAGACUUAGAAACAAAUGCAGACUCUUUGCUCUCUGAAAUAAAUCAAUCAAAAUCUGUUAUUGACGACUUAUCAGAAGGGAUUGAACACAACAGAAACUCAAUUUCUAGCAACAUCGCAAUUUUAAACCAAAAAAUCAAAUAA